CGCUGACUAUGUCUGCGCCUGUCUUCAUUAAAAUCUCGUGCACACCUCGAAGCCCCGUGUCGCUUAACAAUAGAACGCUCGCGAUUCAGUGAAAUCGUCGUCAUUGUUCAUCGUGAUUGUUAUGUGAUGUCGCAAAAGUUUACGUCGAAAAAUUUUCGCUUUUAUUUUAUUAUCCUCGUGUUAGCCGCCAAAUUACUCCGUUUAGAUACUAACGCCUGACUAAUUGUUUGUUGAAUCUACUUAUAUCUACUCAUAAAGUAUAAAUGUGCAAAUGUUUUAAAAGAAAAAUCUCUUGCGUAGUGCAACAUUGUAAAAUUGAUCUUGUCAAACGUAAUCAUUGCUUUUUCAGUGUAAAGAUAUAUUUGAGUGAUUUAUGAUCAAGAAAUAUCGACGCGUUCAGCAAACAAACUGUAUGCUUGCAUUACUACGAAAACAGUGUCUCCGAUAAUUAUGCAUACACAGCACUAUUUGUCUGCUUCGUGCCCACACAUCGCGUAAUCGGACGAAUUACAUGAACGGCUAUCUCGCGCAGAACGUCCUCCAAUUGCGCACGCUGUGGAUCGUGACUUCCAAGUGAUACAGCUAUUUGAGAUGCGCCGCGAAACUUUUGAAUUACAUGUAAACACUUUCGGCGGGGAAGAUAAGAUAAAACAAGCUGAGAAAAUUGCACUCCGAGACGCAUGACCCCGUACAUAUGAAACCUUUGCCUCGGUCUUGAUGUUCAAUGGCGUUCAAUGCCGAAUUAAUCGUCAACGAUUACGGAGUUUUUGUGAUUUUCACAAGCACUAUCAAGCAUCACAAACGUUUUAUCUGACUCCUUAACAAGCAAUUAAUAGCAACUGCGUUUUGUGCCGACGUAAUAAACAACAUUGUGAGUGAAAUUCUAGUGAUUAAAAUAAUCCCUGUUGACUGGACGUAAAAUUUUAUUGGCACGUGCCGUGUGACAAAUAACUAACUUUGAAUAAAUUAAUUUAACAAAUUGUUUUAAAGUUAUUUAAUUAUAGCACAAUCUUUUAUAUGCACUUUAAUUAAUAUAAAAUAGCUUGUCCGAUCAAUGUUUGGGUUAUGCAAAAUCAGUGCGCAGAGGAUUGUUUCCUUCGGUCUCAAGAUAAGCGAAUUGAUAUGGUAUAAGCAUGAGCAUGCAUUUUUGCUUGAAUCUAACCGGAUACUUUUCGAAGUUUCCAAUAAUGCGAAAAAAGAAGUAUUCGGCGAAGUGAAAACUCGUUUUAAAGAUGGGAUGCAAGUUUAGCAUACUGGAGUGCAUUAGAGGCAAAGUCGAGCAGGAGAAGAGCAUAUCAUCAGAAACUAGGAGUUCUCUAGUUACAAGCGAUAAGACGGAUGUGCUUGUGGAUAAAAAAUACGAGAAACCACUUUUCGAGGACAUCACGCUUGAUGAGAAUGGCGAUUACUUGAGUAUCAAGGGUCCUCAAGAUCUCAGUAAUUAUUUGUUGACAGCCACUGUUCCCAGUAUCGUGAAAAUACUAUUAGUCUUUAGUAAAGAUGACCAGCAAAUGGGUAUACUUGCUACUGCUGCAAGAAGAUUAGGUUGGAGUGUGUCGGUGGCAAAAGAUGCGGAAAAAGCGAUAGAACAUUUUCAAAAUCGCGCUCACGAAUUAGUGAUUAUUGAUCGUAGAGGACAUCACGCGGCUGAAGGCGAUGUUAUUUGUAGAGCAAUCAGAUCAAGUCCGAUAUACCACAAUUCUAUCAUAAUAGCGCUCGUGAAAAAAUCAUACUUCAUGCUCGACGAGAAAGACCAUAUUGUGGCAUUAAACUUGUUAGAAACAGGCUUUAGUAGAGCACUGAUGGAAUGUUCACAUGAAGGUAUAUUAAUAAACGAAUUAGUAGGAAUAUAUACUAGCUCAUUAUUGCCGAGAACACAGCUCUCAGCAGCGCAUGCCUUGUAUUUGGCACUUGACAGAUGUCGCGAUAUGGUGCAUGUGACUAAUGAUAAAAACAUUAUACAGUUUUUAAAUAAAGUCAGCGAAAAAUUGUUAGGAUAUAAAACAGAAGAAAUGAUGGGGAGAAAUCUUUCGGAGAUAAUCUAUUACGAAAAUUUUUCUCUCAUGGAACAGCAAUUGAGUAAAGGCCACGAAUUCGAAGGAAAUAUGAAUUGCAGGAGAAAAAAUAAUCAAAUGAUUAUGAUUAAUUGCAGGAUAAUUCCAUUUUGUACUACGUUAAAAAAACCGACUCAUUACGUAUACGUGUAUGAUACUACGUAUCUGUCGGACAAUUCAGCGCCGAUAAGUCCUAUUGGUAGUCCAUCACAUCCUCCGUUCAGAGCAAGUGUAUUAUCAAAUGCCCGAAAAUCCUCAGACGUUAAAUCCGGUAUAAGUGAAGGUCGCAGACGGUCCAGUUUGCAAAAAUUGCAUACCUUGCAACUAGAAGCUCCUAUUACAAAAGUCAUUACAUUACUUUCAAAUGCAGUAACUGAUACUAGUCCAGAAACGGCAGCGCAGAUCGGUAAAGCAAUCGAUAUUUUAAAGACGACAGAACUUUACAUCCCGCAUCUUAAGGAGGAUAGAGCGACAUAUAGUGAUCCAGUUGCGACAGACCUCGUUGGCGCGUUACUUGCUUCUCCGCGCACAGCAUGGGAGUCUAGAAGGUCAUCGUCAGAUUCCGCGAGAUUAUCCACUAUCAAAGCUAUCACGAGUCCAGUCAAUUCGCGCGUACAAAUGAAGAAUUUCCGGGGACCACAAGAAAUUGCAGAGAUACUUGACAAGAGCCUCGAUUGGAACUUUGAGAUAUUUAAACUUGAAGUGCUAACGGAGAAAAGGCCGCUUGUCUUUUUGGGAUUAACAAUCAUGAAUUUGUAUCAAGUACCCGCAAAAUUAAAUUGUGACGAGAAAACUUUGCAAAAUUGGUUAACUAUUAUCGAGCACAAUUAUAGCAUGGAUAAUAGUUAUCAUAAUUCAACGCAUGCGGCCGACGUUUUGCAAGCAACUGCGAGAUUCAUGCAAUCGAGGAGGCUCAAGGACAUUUUGGAGCCUUUAGAUGAAGUUGCUGCUUUAAUCGCGGCAGCUGCGCACGAUAUUGAUCAUCCUGGACGGUCCAGUCAAUUUCUUUGCAAUGCCAAUAAUCGCUUGGCAAUACUCUACAAUGAUCUGUCAGUUCUCGAAUCACAUCACGCAGCUUUAACAUUUAAACUGUCAUUAUCCGACGAUAGUGUAAAUAUCUUUAAGAAUCUGGAGCAAGACGCGUACAAACUGUUGCGACAAAAUGUCAUUGACAUGAUUUUAGCGACCGAAAUGACGAAGCAUUUUGAGCAUCUGGCGAAGUUCAUGAAUGUUUGCAGCGCGAGAAUUGGCGACGGACAAGAGACUUAUUCAGAUUCUCUAGAUAUGUCCGUGGUAUUGCAGCCAGAUAAUGUAAUAUUGGUUAAAAGAAUGAUGAUCAAAUGCGCGGACGUAUCUAAUCCAACGCGACCGCUAAAGUGUUGCGUCGAAUGGGCGAGACGAAUCGCUGAGGAAUAUUUUAGUCAGACCGAUGAAGAGAAAAGAUUAAAGAUGCCAGUAGUAAUGCCCAUGUUUGAUAGACUGACGUGUUCAAUACCGAAAUCGCAAAUCGGCUUCGUUGAUUAUAUUAUCAACGAUAUGAUCGAGGCUUGGGAUGUAUUUAUCGACAUGCCGGAGAUGGUGGGCUAUAUGCGGCACAACUAUGAGAAAUGGAAAGAAUAUAAUAUGUCGAUUGUGCCGAUGGUUUUCCGCGAUUGGUGGGACGAUAUCGAUCGUCCCGUCUCGCGACUUUUGGAUCAACACUUCGGCACUGGCCUCCUUCGAGAUGAUCUGAUCUCGAAUUUCACCGGUCUUGGUCUCAAUCGAGCCCCUUUACGCUCGAUUAUCGGAAACACGUACUAUCGACCAUGGAGGAACGUGGCGCGUCAGAAUUCAAGCGGAUCUAGCACUAUCCAGUUGGACAAUGAUACUUUCCAGGUAAUACUGGACGUGCAACAAUUCUCACCGGACGAGAUCUCGGUGAAGACGGUCGACAACCACGUUAUUGUCGAGGCCAAGCACGAGGAGAAGCAAGACGAGCACGGCUACAUCAGCAGGCACUUUAUACGCAGAUACGUCCUGCCGCCAUCUCACGACCUCGUCAAUGUCACCUCGACUCUCUCCUCGGAUGGUGUACUAACUGUCACGGCACCCAAAAAGAACAUAACGCCGGCUGGGUCGGAAAGAGUCAUCAAUGUUAUUCAAACGGGAGUACCAGCUGUCAAGCCGGUUCCCGUCGAAACAACAACUACAACCACUUCCACCACUACCACCGACUAAAAAAUAUAUCGUCUGAAACUUUCAUUCCGGCAUUCAUUUUGCUUUACUUUUUCGAUUUUACCAUUGAUGUAAUAAAACAGUUUUAUAAAACAAUAUAAUAAUUGUGCCAUAAUUUUUACACAAGUUUUUCACUAAUAAUUAUCUUUAAUACAUCUUAAAAAUAUAAUUUUUAGCAUGUUAUAAAAUAAUAUUUUGUUAUAUCAUAUAAAAUGUAUGAUUGCGCAAUGUUAUUUUCUUUCAAUGUUUAAUAAAAAUACUCGAGUUAUUGCUUUUAAA